AUGGCAAGUCAACAUGAAAGACAAACUGGAAUAAUUAUAACAGGCAAAACCGGAUCUGGGAAAAGCUCAGUAGGGAAUGCAUUGCUCCAAAAACCUGUUUUUGAAACUGGGUGUUUGAGCUCGUCAAUAACGAAGAAAUGUGUAUGCCGGACAGCACGAAUACUUGAUCGUCGAAUUACAGUAACUGAUACUCCAGGACUAUGCGAUACAAAUGAUGAUGUUGACAUGAAAGCUGAAAUGGAAAAUUUAAAUGACGGUAACAUCUAUACAAAUGCUGACUUCAAUAGAGCCAAGCAACUUAUCAAAAAGGAACAACAAAGGGAGCUUGAUGAUCAGGACCGCGUGCAAAAAGCUAAAAAAGCAAGAAUUAUAUUGGAAGUGGAAAAAGCGAACAAAAAGUUACAAAAUACAUUGGCUGAGCAGCAUGCAAAAGAUGAACUAGAAAAACAAGCUUUACAAGAGAAGACAAAACGUGAAAGAGAACAAAAGAAAGAAGAAUUAGUAAGAGCUGAAGAGCAACAAAAGUAUGAAAUACAAUUACAGGAGCAGAGAAGACGAGAGAAUAUUAAACAAAAUAUACUUUGCUUUCUAGAUAUUGUGGAAUUUGGUUGUAAUAUGUAUAUGCAAUAUAUUUUACGUAAAUAA